AUGACCGUUUACAAUUCAUACUCGAGCGAUCGACCGAACGCCACGCAGCCUCAACCCGGCGUAGCUAGCCAGCAAGCAGCAAGCGAAUCUUCGGCGCGAGGAUUUCCCAGCGGUGGCGGUGGUUUUCCCUUUUCGAUCCAUCCCGAUUUCCUGUCGAAACCGGUGCAAGUCGCUCGAUCCGAUACGGGCUACAAAACGCCAAAGUACAUCGUCUACCCGAGCUAUUCGGACAACAGUCCCAACAGCGUACCGUCGUACUACAACACACCCGUAGCCAUGGAUCGGUUCGCGCCAGGAGAAGCGUACGGAGGCACACUCUACAAACUGAAGAAGCAAAAACAAUCCUUCCAACCCGGUGGAGGAGCAUCGUUUGCGUCAAUCCCGGCUGCUUCGGUCAGCAACCCGGUCAGUGUGCCAUCUCCAAAUUUCCUGCGACCGGCCGCUUCCGACAACAGUCCCGUCACCGUGUUGGCACCUCCCGGUGGCGCUCCUGCCACCGGUCCGGCACCCUCGCCACCUGGGCCCCCGUCGGCACCACCGUCGCCUGGAAUGCAACCCAUUUUCAUGCCCACGCCCGUCCCGAACUCUGGUGAGGAUUCAUCGCCAUCCCCGCAAACGAGCAAGCCACCGGAAGCGAGUUCGUCGGUGGAUUCCUCCGAAAUUAUCCUUUUCCCUCCCAACUCCCACUCGGGGUACCUCCCGCCCAAGGUGGUUAAGGUGCAGGACGCAAGUCCUUCCCCAUCCUCGACUCCGAAACCAGCGGUCGAUUUGUACCGGUUUCCGCCCAACACAAAUGCCAGUUACGGUGCGCCUUCGGAGAAACGUUCGAAAAACCCCGUCACGAGUUAUCUUCCACCGGCGUCCGGUAUGCCGGAACCCGGAAUCGAUGCGUCCUCCGAACCGGCCGGUUACAAGGGCUCCGAGGAGCUGUUUAAGUUCCCACCCAACGUCGAUUCCGGGUAUCUUCCGCCCACGGAAGGUGCCGAUGAUUCGACACGACACACCGGCACCAGUUACUUGCCACCUGCCUCGGGAGAUCCGCUUUCUCCGGCGAACCUGCAACCGGGAGUCAUUGAUAGCGUAGGGACAAACCCGGAACUUCAUCGGUUUCCACCGAACGCGCUUUCGGACUAUCCACCCGCUUCGCAGAAGGCUCCAUCGGAACAUUCGGGCAUCACUAGCUAUCUACCGCCACCAUCCGGUGAUCCACAAGCUCCUGUCAAUCUAAAACCAUCCACAGGUCCGAUGGAUGCUGGAGGAGUUCCGACGGGGCUUUACAAAUUCCCUCCAAACAUUCAAACGGGUUAUUUGCCCGCAAAGCGCCCUUCCGAAAGUCCCGUCACGAGCUAUCUGCCACCACCCUCGGGUGUUCCGAACUCCCCCUCAAACCCACCUCUCCCACCUCCACCAGCAAUGCGUCCGUACGUGGCCCCAGCCGGUCUGUACCGGUUUCCACCGAACGUGCAAUCGCAAUAUCUGCCCCCAAGUUUAAGCCCCCCCAGACCGAACAACGCUGUGACGAGCUAUCUUCCUCCUGCUUCCGGCAUUCCAGGUGACGAUGCCAUCGGAACCAUCCCGGUAGGUCCGGGCAAGCCCCAGUACCUGCCGCCGCGCUAUCCCGAUAGCGGACCUCCGAUGCAGACGGCUCCGAUGGCGCCCAUGAAAAUCCCACCCAUGAUGUCCAUGAUGUCACCAAUGGGACCACCACCGGAUGCUGCCAUGGAUGGACCACCGACAGGACCUUCGGGAGCGGACCAUGAUCACCAUCAUCACCAUCACCCGGAGCACGAUUUCCCGUACUUUACCGGGUUCGAUCACGAUCACUACCCGGACGUCAUCUACGAUCACGAUCACUUCCAUCACCAUCACGAUGAGCCGACAACGACGCCGGCACCACCACCACCACCUCCACCGGCACCGGAAACACCGAGGUUGAAGAACUACAGCUAUUACUACCUCAGCCGGACGCUGUGGUACGUGCCGUUGUACUUCACGCUGUACUUUACGGUGUACGUGGCCAUCCUGAUCAUACGAUCCAUCGCUCGGCACAAGGUGAACCUUCCGAACCAGUGGGUGGGCCGAAGCGAGUCUUUCGGUAGCGUGCGAGAUCUCAGCGACAAGGAAGCGCAACGUAAGGCGACCAUGAUGGCGACGUUCAUGAUGCAGCAGAUCGAGGACUUCCGGGAGAAGUAUCUGUAA